GCCGCGUCAAUGUCUGCGCCGACGUCGACACCACGACCCUCCACAAUAUGGCAAGGCUGGCGCUGGAGAUGUGCCCAUCACGUGAGCUGCCGACUAGGCGCACACACAUCUACACGGACGGCAGCUACAACGGCAUCCCACAUACAGCCGCCUGGGCAGUUGUUAUUGUCGACGAGUAUGACGAUGGGCGAAACUCACGAGGCCCGUUUGGCUUUCGGGGUUUCAUUGGUGGCAAGGUCACCGAGUCCCUACACGACAUGGUAAACAACGAGAAGGUGCCGCCAUACACAGCUGAGCACACGGCAGUGCUUUGGGCACGAAUGUGGGCCCUUGGUCAAGACACCGCCGCGCCCAUCGAGAACACGCCUGACGCCCUCAACGUUAUCAACCUGGCCAAAGAUGGGAUAGCAGAUCAAGCUUCGGCCAGCGACCUGAUGGACCCGAAUACUGCAGCAGUGCAGGCGAUCGCGCACAAUAAGUUCCUUUCCUGGGAAUGGUUACGCUCAGCGCCCGAUGCGGUCAAGGCCGCAUACCCGCCCAUGCGGAACCAAGCCUUCAUUAUCGGGGCCACUCAGCCCCAGGCAGCCUCAUGUGCGAUCCAGAGGCCCAUCAGCACCACCACCAUCAAGGCCGACCUCAGCCUGAAUGUGUGCACCUACAACUGCAGGUCACCCAAAGCCGCCGUCAGCUUCAAGUCGGGCAAAGGCAAGGCGGCCAGCAAAAGCAAGCAGAGCAUCUCCAAGGUCACGCACCUAGCAGCGCAGUUUGCUGACAUGGGCCUGCACGUGGUGGCCCUCCAGGAGACGCAGAGCGAAGGAGACGUCCGCAACGUUGGAGAAUAUGUUUGCUACUCCUCAGGCCACGCGCAGCAGAACAGAGGAUGCGACAUAUGGCUCAACGUCUCCCAGCCGAUCAGCGUGAGUGGGACAGCGAAGUACCUAAGUGCCAAAGACACCCUCGUCCUCCACCAGCACGACAGGCUCUUGAUCAUCAAGACCCGCGUUGCAGGCACAGACAUGGUCAUCGCCUCCGCGUACGCACCCCACGAAGACUCCCAGGCGGCUGAGAAGACAGAAUUCUGGGAGUCUGCCAAGCGACUGUCUGCCAAGUACCACGUGGACAUCUUCAUGGGGGACCUGAAUGGGCGUCUUGGCGACUAUGAGUCCCCAGGAGUUGGCGCCAGUGGAUACCCAGAACCGACCAACGGCAAUGGCAAGCACAUCAUCAGCUUCGCAGCCGACACCGACAUGGAGGUCAUCAACACCACGAAGGAUCCAGGCAACAACUCGCAUACGCAUAUCGGAUCGAAGGGGCAGCGCCGCAGGAUCGACUACAUCCUGCUGAGCUCCUCCAUCGCCCCGUACGUUGCGAGCUGCAGCACGGAGCCAGGUCUUGACCGAGGCACAGCUGCGCAAGACCACAUACCAGUACUCGCCACCCUCAAGUGGGCUGUCUGCAAGACCACCAAGGCCUCAGGACCGCGGCCCGAUCUGACCAACCUACACAACGAUGACGCCAAGGCCAGCUUUAAGGAGAUUCUCAAGCAGGCCCCGAUCAUGCCCUGGGAGGUGGACGUCAACACCCACUGCGAUGAGGUCACCAGAGUCGUCAACAAUGCGGCCAUCCAGGCCUUCGGCAAGGCCGUCAAGGCAGCGAGGAAGCCCUACGUCACCAAGACUACCAUGGGCCUAAUCCGAGCCAG